CAGAGAAAAGCGAAGCUCUUCAAGGUUGCUUUUCAAAGCUGGCAGAUGGGGCUAUACACGGACGUAACAUUUGUGGUUGGGCAACAAAGAUUCGCUGCCCAUCGCCUUGUCAUGGCUUCCGUAUCUGACUAUUUCCCCGCUUUGUUUAAGGUAAGUAAAGUGAGUCAAGAUUUGGAAACGGGGGAUAAGGGAAUGAGGACAACUUCAGUCAAAAAGCUAGAGAUCGCCUCUUUGUGGUAUAACUCUUUAUGAUGACAUGUCGAUCUAUGCAAGAGAGAUUCUUCAAUGAGAACAAAAUAACCUACUUGAUUAUAUUUGUUACCGUAUGAUAAGAUUAACCAGUCUAUGUACAUGGUGUUUGAGGUGAUUUUUACCUCAAAUAAAUUUAUUACAAGUGUGUAAAUAAAAGAUGGGGCCAACAGGAGGGAUUUUCAUGGAUUUGUUAAGAGUUGUAGUUUAAUGUUGGCUGGCAAUAUUCAAACGCAACUCUGUCAUAUUUUUAUCAUAAAAGUUAUGUGGUGGGGUGGGUGAAUAUACAUUGCUGUUCUUUAUUUCAUAAAUGUAUUUUAUUUUAAUGUCAUGAUUAUGUCUCUUUUGAUAACAUUUUUAUGUACAGCGCGGUGAGCCCAGCCCUAGGCUGGGGUUCUGCGCUAUAUAAGACCUCUUAUUAUUAUUAUUAUUAUUUAUAUUUUUAUCAUCAAGUAUGCAUUGUCAAGAGGUGUCGGGGCAUGUUUACAAAUUAUUAGUAAUAAAUACAAGGAGAUGGAUAUACACCAGUUGGGGGAUCGUGCAUGGAGGCGGAAAGCCAUGGAUCGCACCGAAUGGAAGGAUGUGAUGGAGCAGGCCAGAGCCCUACAUUGGCUGUAGUGCCACUGAUGAUGAUGAUGAAUAAAUACUAGUCCUACCAUUAGUGUUUUUUAAUGUUUAGCUGGAACAUAAAAAUUUGUGAAAUAAAUUUCAAGUUUUUAUUAAGAGUGGUAAUGGUAAAAAAAAAAAAAAGCUGUCAGGAACUAUGGCUUUUAACAAAAAAUGAAAUUAAUGAAUGAAUUUAAGCAAUAAAAAAAGUAACAUAUUUUUCCCUGCAUCUGUUUCGGCCAUCAGUUUCUGGAGAUUGUCACCAUCAACAAAUUGCAGUGGAUUCUCAACAUUGAUUUAUCACUGACAUUUGCAGCUGCAAUUAAUCAGCAGUGGGAAAGUUACUUUAGUCAUCUGACUUCUAUGUAAUAUUAGUAAUAACAAUAUUUUAAAACAUUUUUUCAUUGAACUUGACUUGGGUGAGGUUUCUUUUCCCAUGUUUGGAGUUGUCUGGAAUAAGUGGCAGUUAGUCUGAGUAUGAAUGAAUCCAUUUGGGUAAUGAUUUAAUAGUUAAAAUUAUUUUGAGUUUGCAAUUGAAAGCUAAAUAUGUUAUUACCAGUAAUGUAAAGAUCUCCUUUGAAUUCACAGAUUGAUGAAAGAGAGUCUGGCGAAGUAACACUUCACAACAUAGCGCCUCAGGACUUUGCCGUACUCUUGAAGUUCGCUUACACUGGUCAGGUGGAUGUGACCAGUGACAACGUCCAGAGUGUUCUAAUUGCAGCCGAUUACCUCAGCAUCGAGUUCGUCAAGCAAGAAUGCGGCAGCUUCAUGGGGGCACAUUUAGAAUUUGAAAAUGUCUGCGAUGCUCUGGUGUUUGCAAUGAACUACUCCAUGAAUAAUCUGGAAGAUCUGGCCAUUGAUUUCUUGAAAGAGAACUUGGAGGAUGUCUCCAAAACCAAUGGGUUUUCUCAGCUGGAUCCGGAAUUUUUAAUUAAGCUCUUAGAGGACGAUAAUUUAGUUCUGUACCACAAUAAGAUUGUGCUGAAGUCUGUGGAGAGAGAGAAGCUUGUCCUCAACGCAGUGCUAAGAUAUUUGUCUGUUAGAAAGAUCCAGGAGCCUGCAACAGUUGAGAUACUUUUUAAAACCGUGAGACUUCCUGAAAUUCCCAAAGAUGCCAUGAAGAAAUCUAUCAAAAAUUUCAAACAGUUUAAAAAGAACGAGACCAUCAAAAGGUUGCUGAAGCUUCGAGAGGUGGCUGUGAAAUACCUGGACAAAAGGCGACGGAGCUACUCCCUAACAACGGAUAUAAGCUCAGAGGCCCUGGAAGUACCGGACACCUGGUUCCGCUCUAGAAAGCUGGCUUCUUUUUCUGUCUCAAAUGGUCGUGUUCGAUAUGCAGCGGAAGGUCAACUGAUGAGAAGUCCAAUUGCUCCAGGCUACCUGUUCAACGACCCGAAUCUUGAAAUCCAUAAAAUUGAUCUGUGGAUCAGGCUAUGGGACGGCCGUCCUGUGAUUGGUGGGCUAAAGCUAGUUUAUCGAAAACCUAAAUCACAAGGCAGGUACCUGGAGUAUUUCAAAGGGGAUUGCAACCAUGCCAUUCAGCACCAUGUCGUUGAGAUGGAGCCCAAUGAGCUUAUUGUGGAAGUGGUCAUUGGCAGCGGCUAUCUCAUCGACAGGCUUAGUUUCAAAACAAACUUGGGUAGAAAGUACGGCCCUUUUGGCGGUCCUGGCGGCAGGGAGCAUAUCGAGACCACCCCCCGAGGCACCUUCUCUUACUUGUUCGACAUCAAUUGUGACAGCUUGACCACGCAAGGAUCCGAUGCCAUUUUCAAUCUCAUGCUGCGCUGGAUUACGUUUGGUUAA